AUGUCCGGCAAACGCGAGGCGGCCGCGGCGCAUGCAAGUCUUGGCGUGAUGACGGCUCGGAUUGAAGGAAACCAAGAAGGAAGGAAGGAAGGAAGGAAGGAAGGAAGGAAGGAAGCAGACGAGCUCAGCAUCUUCCGCAGCGGCAGCGCUCCCCCAACCGUCGAGGGCUCUCGCACGGCCAUUGGCGCGCUCUUCUCUGGUCCGCCGCUUCACGCCAACAGCCUUGUUGGUGGCGGCAGCGGCGGCGGGACUGGUGUUGACAUUGACAUGCUCACUGAGGAGGAGAUACGGUCCCACCCAGCGUAUCUGUCGUACUACUAUUCUAACGAGCACCUCAACCCAAGGCUUCCGCCACCAAUGGUCUCCAAAGAGGACUGGCGUGCAGCGCAGCGGUUCCAGGCUGUGGCUGGAGGCAUCGGGGAUAGGAGGAGGAGGCCUUCAGAGGUUGGGAGUGGAAACUCGCUGUUCUCAGUGCAGCCAGGGGCACGAGAGGUUGGUGGAGAGAAGGCGCUGCUGAGCGAUAGAAUGGGGAGGGGUGAAAGGAAUGGGCUCGCACGGCAGCAGUCAUCUGAGUGGCUCUUGAGAGGCGCCGAUGGGCUCAUUGGCUUGUCAGAUGUCAAUGGCCUUGGGUCUCGGCACAAGAGCUUUGCUGAUGCAUUGCAGGAAAAUAUUAGCCGUCCUGCUGCUACAACCGGUCAUCUUUCACGUUCUAAUAGCCGUAAUGCUCUUGAGGGCCCAACUCCAAUCAGGUCAUCUGAUUCACCCAAGCCACAACUGCAGAAUAGAUCAGAAUCCAUGAAUGGCCUGCGAUCUGGAUCCACUUCACCCAGUCUGGUCAGGGUCCAAAGUCUUGGUUCUUCAAUGUCUCAUACCUUUGCUUCUGCAGUAGGUUCAUCUAUCUCAAGAAGCACCACACCUGACCCCCAGCUGAUACGGAGAACUCCAAGUCCUUGCCUUCCUCCAGUUGGAGUUCGGAUGGGGAGUUCUGAUAAAAAAGUAGAAGCUGCAGCUGUUGCUUCACUUAAUCAUGAUGGUGCUGACAUUGCGGCAACUCUGUCGAGCUUAAGCCUAUCUGGAAAUAAGAUGUUGAAUGUGGAAAAUGAAGUUCAGAAUCAUGUUUACCAGAACUUUGGUGACCAGGCAGAUGUUCUGUUUAAUGUUCCAAAGGAACAUAGGCAAUUUUCACCACAAAAUUUAACUCAAAAUACCGAUGAAGACUCGCUCAAUGCCCCUGAAUAUGCAGUUUUUCCAAAUGGGGGGAGCAACUUCAGUAAUUUGCAUGCUAGUAAGCUGGCAUCCCAUAGCAAUAGCAAGUUCCCUAUGCAGUCACCACACGGUAAUGCGAACAAGAAAGGAUCUUUGAUGAGCUCAGCUGGAUCAGUUUCUCACUACCAGAACUUGAAUGGUGAUAACCAUGGCAUUGAUGCAUCUGGACGGCAUAUGAAGACUCAUGCAGGCGGUUUUACUUCAUCCAUGCUGAACAAUCAACUGAAUCCUGAUGGUGACUAUGGCAAUGUUCUUUCGAACCGUGGUGGAUCGAGUUAUCAGGGCCAACCAACAGAGACAAUGUAUGCACAAUACCUGCAGGCAAACCCUGAUUCCCCCCUUGGUUCAGCUGCAAGCAUGAGUCCUUUCCAAGGGAGGGGUUUUACUGGUUCAGGACACUUGGAUAGUCCUGGAUACCAAAAAGCUUACCUUGGGUCAUUAUUUGCCCAGCAAAAGCUACAGUAUGGGAUGCCAUACCUGAGCAAGUCUGGUGCUCUUAAUCAAAAUAUCUAUGGCAACGAUCCUGCAUUUGGCAUUGGAAUGACUUAUCUAACAAGCCCACCAUCUAGUCCGUAUAUGCCAUCUCCUCAAGGCCAUGUUAGGCAAGGAGAUCGACUGACUCGACUUCCAGCCGUGGUGAGGAACACUGCUGGAGGAUCCAUGGGAUCAUGGAAUUCAGAGAAUGGUCUGAUGGAUAAUGGUUAUGGGUCCUCCCUGCUGGAGGAAUUCAAAACUAACAAAACCAGAUCUUUUGAGCUGUUAGAUAUUGUAGGCCAUGUGGUAGAGUUCAGUUCGGAUCAGUAUGGGAGUCGCUUUAUACAGCAGAAACUAGAAACUGCUUCUAUUGAAGAGAAGAAUAUGAUUUUUCCUGAGAUACUUCCCCAGGCAUGUACUUUGAUGACUGAUGUUUUCGGAAACUAUGUUAUACAGAAGUUCUUUGAAUACGGAACUGAAACACAAACGAAGCAACUGGCAACCCUGCUCAAGGGUUAUGUGUUACAGCUGUGUCUACAAAUGUAUGGCUGCCGGGUGAUUCAGAAGGCUUUGGAAGUUGUUGAAGUGGAACAACAAACACAAAUGGCUUCGGAGCUUGAUGGAUCUAUCAUGAGAUGUGUUCGUGAUCAGAAUGGCAACCAUGUCAUCCAAAAAUGUAUAGAAUGCAUCCCUCAGGAGAGGAUACGAUUUAUCAUUUCUGCCUUUUACGGACAUGUGGUGGAGCUUUCCAUGCAUCCCUAUGGUUGCCGUGUUAUUCAGAGGGUAUUGGAGCAUUGUGAUGAUGAAAGCACACAAAAUGCCAUGAUGGAAGAGAUCAUGCAGUCUGUGGUUACUUUAACAGAGGACCAGUAUGGUAAUUAUGUAAUACAGCAUGUCCUGCAGCAUGGGAACCCAGAAGAGCGUUCUACUAUAAUUACACAACUCGCUGGACAGAUAGUGAAGAUGAGCCAGCAGAAAUUUGCUUCUAAUGUUGUUGAGAAGUGUCUUACUUUUGGUAAUCCUGAGCAACGCCAGAUUCUGAUCAAUGAAAUGCUUGGCACAACUGAUGAGAAUGAGCCGUUACAGGCAAUGAUGAAAGACCAGUUCGCAAACUAUGUGGUGCAGAAGGUUCUAGAGAUAUGUGAUGACCAGAACCGUGAAUUGAUACUUUCCCGUAUCAAGGUCCACUUGAAUGCACUGAAAAGAUACACCUAUGGGAAGCAUAUUGUGGCACGUGUUGAGAAGCUUAUUGCCGCAGGAGAACGGCGCAUUGGUGCCCCAUCCUCUUGCUGA